UUCGUCAGUGGUCUACAGAACAAAUUUUUUAAGAAAUAACUUCAAAACCAAAAAUCCUAAAGUGACUUAUUUUCAGUAAAAGAACAAAAAAAAAAAAAAUAUUUUUGACAAACGGUGAUGCUGGUGGAAUUUUAAAUAUAUAUUUUUUGUAUAACGCAAAGAAAAACCACAAAAAUUUGCAUAAAAUUGAAUUUUAAAAAAGAAAAUGUUAAAUUGUAUGAAAUAUGCCCUUUAUGGGUUGCUUAUAUUACCCUUGAUAUAUGGCAUUGAAACAGAAAAAGUAAAAAAUGAUGCAUCCUUUGUUGAAGAAAUUAUGGCUGAAACGCCUGCAGUUUUAUUGGCAGAUACAAAAAAUCCUGAAGAGAGUAUUCCCAUUGGAAAUGAAAAGCUGAUGUUGGAACAAACUCCUCUGGUGGUAGAGGAGAAAGAUAGUAUUCUAAAGGAAAUUCAAACGGAGAAAAAUGACGAUAAAGCAUUGGAUGGUGAGAAAAGUGAAGAACCCCUCAUGCCAUUGGCCGAGGACAUGGGUCCUCCAUCUCAUAAUCGCACAAGUCGUCAACUCUUUUAUAGACCCAAUUUCUUCUACAUACAAAAUAUCGGUGCCGAGGGUUCAAGGUGCAUCACCUCCCGUGGUCUAGUUGGAGUAUGCAUGGGUUUUAAUAAAUGCAGCCAAGAACACAGAAGGCGUCGCCGCCAAUUGUCUUUCUACGCUUUGCCUCAAUACCCGCAGUUUGUGCCCUACCAGCAACAACACCCAGAUGAGUUGUGUACCUAUUUCGAUCAAUUUGCAAGAACCAAUUCAGGAGUGUGUUGCACCAGCAUAAAUAACAUAACACCCAUAAUGCCUGGAGAGCAGCCCUUGGAACCAAUGGGGCCUUCCCAACUACCCGAAGAGUCCAGCACCAUGGUAGUGGAUGUUGAUCAGCAGAAUGGUAAUGGUGAAGAGGAAUCCAAACCCCAGGAUAGUUCAGAAGAUUCGGACAUUUUAGAACCUCCUGCUAAUUAUAAUGAUUUCCAACCCGAACCUCCUAAAUAUGACAAUACAGACUUCCAAGAGGGCAACAAUAUAGGCUACGAUCCUGUAGAUGAGAAUCUCAAACAAGCCCAGGUUUUCAAUAAUUUCAUACGCUAUCCUUGGCCAGCACAAUUUGGUGGAUUUUCUGGUGUACAACAAUGGCCACCACCAUUGCCCACUCAUCCACCCUCUUCAGGCAGUUGGCCUCCACCAUUGCCCACACAUCCACCCAAUCAUCAUUAUCCCACACACCCUCCCUCAUCUGGAGGGCAAUAUGUGCCACCAAAUACCACAAAAAGACCUGUUACCUCAUUGACCACAAAGAGACCCUCAUACCCUAGUUAUCCCAGUUAUCCGACAUAUAGACCAGUUGCCACCAGCCCUCCGACAACCACACGUAGACCUACCACUGUUGCUGACAGCAGCGGUGUUAGCUCUUCCACUGGUUUACCCUUGAAGUGUGGCAUGGUUGCUCCCGAUCAGGAGAGAAUAGUCGGAGGCACCAAUGCUAGUCCCAAUGAAUUUCCCUGGAUUGCUGUUAUAUUCAAAUCGGGCAAGCAAUUUUGCGGUGGCAGUUUGAUAACAAAUAACCACAUUUUGACAGCGGCCCAUUGUGUGGCAAGAAUGACUUCCUGGGAUGUAGCCGCUUUAACCGUUCACUUGGGUGACUACAACAUACGCACCGAUUAUGAGGUACAACAUGUGGCCCGAAGAGUCAAGCGUCUAGUGAGACAUAAAGGAUUUGAUUUCAGUACUUUGCACAAUGACAUUGCCAUUUUGACCUUGAGUGAUCCGGUGAAAUUUACCAAGGAAAUACAACCAGUCUGCUUGCCCACUUCACCUGCUCAACAAAGAAGUAGCUAUAGUGGUCAUUUGGCCACAGUGGCUGGAUGGGGAAGUUUAAGAGAAAAUGGUCCUCAACCUUCGAUUCUGCAGAAGGUGCAAAUUCCCAUAUGGAAUAAUGCCGAAUGUGCCUCAAAAUAUGGACGAGCGGCUCCGGCUGGCAUUAUUGACUCUAUGGUUUGUGCUGGACAAGCAGCAAAGGAUUCUUGCAGUGGUGACUCUGGUGGUCCCAUGAUUGUCAACGAAGGUGGCCGUUUUGUUCAAGUUGGUGUUGUUUCCUGGGGCAUUGGCUGUGGUAAGGGUCAAUACCCUGGUGUAUAUACUCGAGUUACCUCUCUGCUGCCCUGGAUCUAUAAGAAUAUUAAAUAAGAACCUGACGACUAAAAACGAAAACUUCAACGAAUUCACAUGACAUCACAUAGUGAGAAUCAUGUGAAUAGGUUACUGAAAAAAAAAUUUAUGCGAAAUAUGUUGUA